AUGCUUGCCUCGCUCUUGACGCUUCUCCUCCCGUUAUUCCUCCGACGAGUUCUGCAGGAUCCUACUCAUAUCGGAAACUUUGUGGCUCUUUUUCUAGCUAGUGCGGUGGCUACGUUGGCUGGACGUGCCAAAGAUCAGAUCUGCCGAGUUUUGUCUGUUCGAGCUUCGUCUGUUCUUUCCCUGGCUAUAUUCCAAAAGAGUGUUCGUUUUUCGAACCUGGCGCAUCUCCGGAGUCCCGUGGGAAAGGUCUUGGGCAGCUCCACAACCGAUAUGAUGCUAGUCCGAAACUAUGUUCUCAAGGUUCAUGAUAUCUGGAGUAGUCCUGUGCAGUUACUCCUCAUCGCGUUUAUGAUCGUUCGUCUGCUUGGUUUAUCUGGGGUCGUGGGCUAUGUGGCAAUGUCCAUCCUUCUAUUUUCCCAGACUAGGGCCAACGCUGCGGUGGGUGUAGCAGUGGAAGACUACCUGCGCAUCGAUGAGGUGCGCAUCAAUCACCUCAACUCCGCCUUCCAAAAGAUCCGCGGUAUCAAAUCUUUGGGAUUGGAACCCAUGUUUCUCAAGGAGAUACGAUCAGCCCGAGAGAUUCAAUUGGAAGCCCUAUGGCGUCGUCUGCGCGUCGUCUUUUGCUUCUUUAUCUCCAUAAACCAGAUGAUUCCCGCAGUCACCGCGAUGGUUUCCUUGACAAGCUACUGGUAUACUGGCCACGAGCUGGUGCCAGAGGUGGUAUUCCCUGCCUUGACAUUAUUCGAAAUGACAUUUUCGCCAGCCUCCAAAUUCUCCCUCUCGGUAACCCGUCAGUUCUCUAUUCUCCCGUGUGUCCGACGCAUUCUCCAUAUCCUGCAACAAACGGAACAUCAGCCUGCUAGUCAGAAACCAGGGGAAGUUCCCCAGUCGAGCGAUGCCAGCGCCGGCAAUCUGAUCAAUUUUCAUGAUGCGAAAGUAUCCUACCCGAACGCAGAUGACAGUUCGACUAGCUUUGUCUUAGGACCGAUCACAAUGGGUAUACCGGCUAAUAAAUUGACAAUCAUACAUGGAGCCAGUGGCAGUGGUAAGUCCACGGUGCUAGCGGCCAUUGGCGGGCAAGCCGAGGUCAUUGAGGGUCAACUCCUACGAAACUCGGCAACAAUGGCCCUAUGCACUCAAGACCCGUGGAUUAUGCUUGGUACUGUUCGUGAUAAUAUCACAUUUCUGCGGUCUUACGAGCCUGUGCGCUAUCGUCAAGUCGUCCGCCUCUGCUGCCUCGAGUCAGACAUUGCCUCGUUUCCGGGCGGCGACCUCGCAAUUGUAGGGGAAAGUGGCGCUAAUCUCAGUGGUGGCCAGAAGGCCAGAAUUUCUUUGGCACGAGCGAUCUACAGCGAGGCAGAUCUUCUGCUCUUGGAUGAUUGUCUGGCUGCGGUUGACCCCCGGGUGGCACGCAAGCUGUUUCAUGAGUGCAUCCUCAAGCUGCCGCAGACCGUGAUUUUAGUUACACAUCAGACCGAGUUCAUCCGAUACUGCGACCAUGUUGUUUCCUUGGCCAACGGCAUGGUUGCUGAGGUAGGUAGUCCCGAGGAGCUACGAAAAAACCCACAUGGGGUUAUUGGGUCAAUCCUCCUCGGUGAGACGGGCACUUAUAGCAAGGAUCAUUUGGAUGGAGUUAUGAGCAUGGAAUCAACGUCUAAUGAAGAUUCUGCUGAUUCCAAGCAAAUCACCUUAGUGGAGGAGGAGCGCGCCCGUGGUAAGGUUGACACUGACUUAUAUCGUUUCUACUUUGAAUGUGCUGGGGGCCCUCGAUUCAUAAUGCUGCUCUCCCUCAUGCUCUUUCUCACCGUUGCUGUUCGAAUUGUUAACAGUUUCUGGUUACCAUGGUGGAUGGGAAAUGUGCUAUCUGUCUCGACACCUACUUAUCUUACAGGGUAUGCUCUAGUCGUCAUGCUACAGGCCACCUUCAUUGCCUCAGUUGGAGUGAUCCUUGUAUUGGGAACGAUGAAGGCUAGCCGGAGUAUCCAUGAGGGCGUCGUCACCCGUCUUUUCCGCGCACCUUUGGACUUUUUCAGUGGACAGCCUUUAGGUCGCGUCUUGAAUCGGCUAUCGGUAGAUAUCGAUGGGAUCGACUUUCGGCUCAUCAAUGCGGGCGAUCUAUUGCUGAUGGCUGCAACAUCGCUGUUUGCGGCGGUCAUUGUGCUUGUCUGGAGCUCUCCUUACCUUCUGCUGGCCUUCGGACCGAUAUUCUACUUUCAAUAUCGUAUUCAGUCGCUCUAUCGAGUGUCUGCCCGCGAACUCCGACGUGUUUGCUCUAUCCUGGACUCCCCCGUCCUCUCCGUCAUCACAGAGAGUAUGGCUUCGAUGCCGACGAUACAGACGUAUGAUGCACGAGAGCUGUUUGAAGAACGUCACCGUGUAGCUCUUAGCCGGGCUAUUGUCGGAAUCACCGUCCGCUACGCAUUGGAAACAUGGAUUACACUGCGGAUCGAGAUGCUAUCGGUGGGCCUGCUGGGGUGUGCGGGUUUGCUCGGGGUCUUCGGUGUGCUGGACUCGUUACAGAUGGGGCUCAUCUUCACCCUCAGUAUCUCAUUGUCGAAGCAUAUGCACCAAUUUCUGUGGUCUUUGAUCAAUGUCGAGGUCGAGAUGAACUCCACGGAACGACUACGACACUACAUGACUCGGAUCCCGGUGGAAGAUGACCACCGCUCUCCCGACUCCGAGCCAGAAGGUGAGAUCAUCUUUACCAACGUCACGGUCCAAUAUCCGCGCAGCCAAAGCCCAUCCCUCCGAGACUUCUCGAUGUGCAUCCGAUCGGGCGAGAAAGUGGGAAUCAUCGGACAUAGUGGCUCGGGAAAAUCGACUAUAUUGGCGGCGUUAUCGGCCCUCGCCCCGGUGGUGCACGGCCGGAUCAACAUCCGCGGGACCCCGAUCAACGACCUCCCUCUUACCACCCUCCGAAGCAUGGUACACGUCCUCCCGCAAGACUCGGUUCUGUUCCCCGGCUCGGUGCGUCAGAAUCUCGAUCCGCAGCUCUCUCACUCUGAUGACACGCUACUCCAUGCGCUUUCCGUGGCCGAUCCUACACACCGCUGCACAAACAGCAGCAAUCUGCUCGACCUCGUGAUUGCACCAGGGGGCACGAAUCUCUCGGCUGGACAGGCCCAGCUGAUUUGUUUGGCCCGCGCUCUGCUGGCCAACCCCCGCAUCCUCGUCCUGGACGAGGCGACCUCGAGUGUGGACUUGCAGAUGGAGAACCAUAUUCAGCAGGUCUUACAGAAGCACUUCCGCGAUAGUAUCAUUUUGUGUGUGGCGCACCGUCCGACGAGCGUGGCGUGGAUGGAUCGAGUGAUCGUCAUGGCAGACGGCAUGUGUGUCCGCGAAGAAGACCGAUCAGGUAUUCAGACGGAUGUUUGA